AUGGCUGUUACGAUGGUGAACUUACAGGAAGUGCCACAACAAUCUGGAGUUGUGCGCACCGUCAAUGAAACUGUGGAGGCGGACGAGGUCAAGAAUCCAACCCCGGUCACCAACCUCACCGAAGCCAUCUUCCUCCCCUUCAAAAGCUUCCGCCCCGUCCCACUCAGUUCAGAAGCUCCUCUCACCCCGGCCCAAAAGUUAGCAAAGAUAAUUGAGAAUGUCGAAACUCAACAGGCACUAGUAAAAUCCAAAAUGGUAUACCUGACUGAAAAGCGAGUCAACGAAGUCAUCACAAACGCAGAGGCGGAGUUGUCAGAUAUGGGAGAAGGAACCUUCACCGACGACGAGCCCGGCGAAGUAGAGGCACGGAGGGAGAGGAGAGUGCAAGCCGAAUCUCUGAUGGAAUUUAUGGGACGGCCAGCGAAGAAGGGUGCGAAGAAAGGGGAUUUUAUCCGACGAGGAAGUCCCAGCUUUGCAAAACAAAUGGAUACUCCACAACUCACCUCCCACAUACGACACACAUACAUGGUCCGCAAAGAAGCCAGCUCGAAAAUCCGAUCUAUCAUCAUGGACAGCACCGCACAACUCGAAGCCUACCACAAACUCACCUCUUCGACUCUCAAGUUCUACAAACAAGCACAAUCUCGUCACACCUCGACCUCUGAUUCUUCCCCUCUUCCCUCUCCCAUUCAAAAAGCAUCUGGAAAUGUCAAUAUCUCACCACCACGAGCUUCCACUGUCCAAAAUCUAGCUUCCCCUCGCCAGAAGAAUGCCGCGACUCUUGCCUCUCCCAUCCGAAAAGGAUCUGGAAAUCUCAAUAUCUCGCCAGAACAAUCUUCCCCCGUCCCAAAACUUGGUUCCCUUGGCAAGAAGAAUGCCAAGAAGGCUCUUCCAGCUGCAAAGCAAGGCAUUUAA